CCUAUCGCAUUCCUAUCUGUCAAACUACCAUUCAAGCAAAAAAUCACGGUUGUACAUAUAUUCUUUGUACCAUUAGCUUUCAUUGUCAUUCCUGUGUAUUUCUCUCCGUCCUCGUCGUUGCUAUCGGUUUUCUUAUGGUUAUUUGAAUCCUUUUAAUUUAUUGAAAACAGACGUUGGGUCUUCAUUUCGACAUGCGGUUGUUUUUCUCGUGUGCAUACUUUAUUUUCGCUUAUCCUUGGUGUACCACUUUAAUGGAUUCCCUUCAUCACCUCCAUCCCCUCUACCUUACCUUCACGUUUUCUAUGUUGACGCAACUUUACGAAUUAUGCGUACCAUUAAUGACAUACAAAGAACCAUCCUGGCUUCUAGUUCGCUUUUUCUCCCUAUUUGAAACUCUCCUUCCCCGUUCCUUGGACCGUGGCUUAUGGUGGCUUGAAGGCGUAGCACUUUGUGCGGGUACAAUAUGUAGCGACAGCGGCAUUUAUUUUCGCUUGCAAGGUAAUUACCGACGCUCCCACCUACGACAAACUUAGCCAGUCUAAGUAGGUCUAAGUCUGGUCUGAGCUGAUGUCUAUGUAAUUACUCCAAUCUCUUAUGGAAACUGGUGAUGCUUGCAGACGGAGCGGAU